GCUAGAACUCUUCGUGUCUAUGUGUAAAUCUUCUCCACCAUGUACACAUGUGUGUAUCUGGAGCAAAUCUAUCAGAAUAUGCAGCGCUUCUUCUCCUCGUCCCUCAUCCUCCUCAUUUGGUUUCUUCCCCAUGAAACCAGCUACUCCGCCGCCGCCGCCUUAGCUUCCGAUGGGUGCCUACGCCGGUGCGGCGGCGCCAUCAUCCCCUACCCUUUCGGCUUCUCCGCCGGCUGCCCCAUCGUUCUAUCCUGCGACGUCAACACCUCUACUCCGAUCCUCCCAUCCAUAGGAGGAGACAACGGCACCUCGUACCGCGUCCUCGCCUUCAACUCCACCGCCUCGACUUUUGUCCUUUCCCUCCCGUCGUUGUGCAACCGGAGCGUCCCCGACGCCAGAAGAACGCUCUCCGGUGCCAACUACGGCGUCACGUCCCGCACCGGACUGUUCCUCCGCGGCGGAUGCCGCGAGACGGCCUACUCGACAUGCGCUGUGCCAGCGGCCGUCAUGUCAAGUCUGCUGCGCACAGCGCAGUGCGGCGACAACGAGACGACUUCAGCCGCUGGUGCUGUGGCGUGCGUCGCUUCCAACUCGCCGAACGCCACGUCUGCUGGUGGUUUCCUGCAGUGGGAUAAGUCGGAUAAUACAACAUGCGACGACCUGCUGAGCUCCGCGUUGUUUGCGGAAACGGUGGAGGGAACAUCGUCGCUGGAGUAUGGCGUUGCGGAGCUGGGCUGGUGGGUCAACGGGACGUGCGGCGCCGGUGCCAGCGAGCCGUGCGCGGCCAACGCGACGUGCACAGACGUGAGGACACCGAGCGGGACGGAGGGUCACCGGUGCGCGUGCGUCGCGGGGAUGGAUGGCGACGGCUUCUCCGCCGGCGACGGAUGCCACCCCAUACUCAAAGCCAAAGAAGUUGGUGUUUCGUCAGGGAUGGACCACCAACUAAUCGUACAAUUCAUCGUGUUUGCUCUGUUCUUGCUUUCUAUCGGCAUCUCUAUUGGCAUCUUGGCUUGCUUCCUCAUCCGCCGGCGAAAAAGGCACAAUGCUACCACGAAAAUAACCAAACAUCUACAGAUAGCAGGGGCGGCUACACUCUUCCGCGGAGCACUUGUGGAGGACGAACUUGACCAAGGAGUUGGUGGCCCCCGGCGAUUUUCCUACAACGAGCUAGCUACCGCCACCAAUAACUUUUCCGAAGACAGGGCGCUCGGGAGAGGUGGCUUUGGGUCCGUGUACCAAGGAUUUCUGAGCGACAUGAACCGAGAAGUGGCCGUCAAGAGGGUGUCCGAGACCUCUCGACAAGGUUGGAAGGAGUUCAUCUCCGAGGUAUGCAUCAUUAGCCGGCUCAGGCACCGGAACCUCGUGCAGCUCAUCGGCUGGUGCCACGGUGGCAACGAGCUCCUCCUAGUCUACGAACUGAUGCACAACGGCAGCCUUGACACUCAUCUGUACAGACCGGACUUUGUGCUUGCAUGGCCGGUUAGGUAUGAGAUAGUGCUCGGCCUAGGUUCCGCGCUUCUGUACCUACACCAAGAUACGGAGCAGCGCGUGGUGCACAGGGACAUAAAGCCGAGCAAUAUCAUGCUGGACGCCUCCUUCAUCGCCAAGCUUGGCGACUUUGGGCUCGCGAGGCUCAUCAAUGACGGCAGAAGAUCGCACACGACCGGCAUGGCCGGUACGUUGGGGUACAUCGAUCCAGAGAGCGUUCUGGCAGGGAGGGCAAGUGUGGAGUCGGACGUCUACAGCUUUGGGGUCCUCCUCCUCGAGGUUGCCUGCGGGCGGCGCCCUGCUGUGGUCCAUGAAAAUGGUGAUGUCGUCCAUCUGGUUCAGUGGGUGUGGGACUUGUAUGGCGAUGGAGGGAUCCUUGGUGCCGCCGAUGAGCGGCUUAGUGGCGAGUUCGAUGAUCGAGAGAUGGAGUAUGUUUUGGUCGUCGGACUCUGGUGCGCGCACCCCGAUCGCGGCAUGAGGCCGUACAUCAGGCAAGCUGUGAACGUGUUGCGAUUCGAAGCACCAUUGCCGAGCCUGCCGGCGAGGAUGCCUGUGGCAACCUACGGGCCGCCCACAAACCCUUUGAGUUUUGGGACGCUGGUCUUAAGCAGUGCCGACGGCCGGUGACGACGAUCUCAUUGGAACACACGGACCACCCAGGACAUCGCUCACUGAUUAAAUUCAGAGCGACAAUUUCUGUAACCAUCCUCAAUCUUAAAAAGAGAUGGUUUUCCCAUUAAUGAGUAAGCCAGCAAAAUAGUUGUACGAGAGAUUUAGACGCACUGCUGAAAUGGUUGAUGUGUGUGUGUGCUUUUUUUUUUUUUUUUUUUGUGAAUCCUUGCGUCAGGAUUUAGGAUCGGAGUUAUACAUUAAUGCAGCUUAAUUCUGGGCCAUAUCAAGGUAAGUGGGGUU